AUGGACGCCGCGCUCCCGGCGCAUACGGCGCACCGGCCACUGCUUGGGAAGAGCUCACGCGUAGGAUCGUGGCUAAUGCGAACGCAGCACAUUGAAAAUUUGCGGUCCUUGUCGCGCUCGCUCACACCUAAUUCUGUGAGUCGCGAUCGGUCCUCGCGACUGUCGGUUCCUGGAAUUUUACUUGGUGCAUUGGUGUGCAUUUUAGACUCCUCGUCCACUGGAUUGCUUGUGUUUCCGACGAAUGGCGAAAUAUUUGGGGGACUGCAGGCACAGAGCAUUGCCAUGUUUACAUGGUCUACCAUUAUCUGCCAGCUGGUGUUUGUGUUGGGUGGGAGCAACUUUUCGCAAUCGCAGGGCCUAAUGCUGAUCGAGGUGAUCCCCUUUUUGCAACAUAUAGCCAACAAACUUGCUACAAUAAUCACGGAAGAUCGCGAUACGUUGCUUGCGACCGUAUGCACAGCCUAUGCGCUUUCUUCGUUGGUUUUGGGCGGCUUCUUUCUUGUGCUUGGCUUCUUUGAGAUGGACCGCUGGAUUGCCUAUUUUCCCGAAACCGUGCUGGUUGGCGCACUUGGUGCCAUUGGUCUGUCCCUGUUUUUGUCAGGGUUUGAAGUGACGCAGCGUUCAACGUUUUCGUGGGACUUGAACUACAUUCGUGGCCUUUUUACCAACCUGGCCAUGCCCGUGACGGUCGUCGCAUUGGUCCUCACCGUUGUGCUCUGCAUAUGCGUACGCAUCAAGAAACAAAGCGGUACGCGCCCAAACUGGCAAAAUUCGCUGCGCAAGCGCAUCGUAUGGGACGUGUGUGCGCUGUUCAGCAACCCUUUCUUCACGCCCACUUUUUUUCUGCUGACCGGCAUCGUAUUUUGGAUCGCUGCGAUCGGGCGGGGCGUGUCUACAGAGAGCUUAAAAAAUCAUCACUGGGUGUUUGUGCAUGUCCCGCCCGAAGAGCCACUCUUGGAUAGGAUGCGGUUCUACGAGUUUUGGCAGCUGUUCAACUUCCGUCUUGUGCGCUGGGAUGCUAUCCGACAAUGCAUUGUUGAAAUCGUUGUCCUUGUCAUUAUCGGUGCCAUCAACUUGCCGAUUUACUACCCUGCACUUCGCGACCAGCUGCCAAAUGUGCCGCGCAACACCACGAUCCAGCGCGAACUGAUUGGACACGGCGUGACAAACCUACUUUCUGGACUCACUGGCUCAUUGCCCAACAUGAUCGUCAUGUCCAAUACCUUAUUUUUUGCGCGUGCAGGCGGAGACAGAUCCGAGUCGAUUGUUGUUCUUGCGGUCAUCGUUCUCUUCUUUGUCUUGUCCAAGCUUAUUCUCCCGUACAUCCCCGUUCUGUGCGCCGCAAUAAUGGUGUUUUUUAUCGGGAUCGAGCUCAUGGCGGAGGCGCUUGUCCCGACAUGGGCAACAAAGUCCGCGCUGGAAUAUCUUGUCAUUGCCGGCACUAUUGCGGCAUGUACCGCGCUAGGAUUUGCCCAGGGCGUUGGCGUGGGCAUUGCCGCAACAUUGGCCGCGCAUGGAUUUGAGCAGUUGGCAGACUACGAGAUUCGUACGUGCUUUGUACCACUGCGCGAAUUCGUGCAAGCCCAGGUCUUGUCUGCGCGCGUGUAUGACAGAUUGAAAGACGACGUGCGCCAAAGGACGCUCCAAAUCGGCGUCAUUUCCUUGAACGGGACCGCGGGGUACACCACGGCGUCGAAAUUGAAGCAGGCGGUGUACCGUGUGCAAUUCGAAAAAUGCAGUGCGCUGGUGAUUGAUUUGACGUAUGCAGUGCGCAUUGAUUUUGCCGCGGCGGCUGCGAUUGCAGCAGAGCGUGCAAAUGCCGCGGAGGGUGUGCACCAUCCGCCUGCAUUUUUGCUGGGGGUCCCUCGUGGUUCGAAUCGGUACGGCGUGCUUGUGCGUGCAGGUGCACUUCCGCGCGAUCCAAAUGCACUGGACCCACUCGAAGCUCAUGCGAUGCUCCAUCACGGACUAUGGCCGAUCAACGAAUUUUCCGAGGUAAUUGGGUGGAUUUCCGGUCAGGCGUCGGUGAGCCAUGCACGACUUCCGCGCUGGGCUCGCGUCAACACAGGGCUCAGACCUGCGAGCAGCUCGCGACGCCCAUCGGUCGACAUUCCAAUGGAAUGUUUUGGCACCAAUACUCCCGGCACAGCAGCCAUUGAUCCGACGCUUCCCACCGUGGUGAAAUGGCGCGCAUGUAUGGACCAAUUGUGCUGUGCGCCCAUGGUGUCAACGCAGGACGACCAGUCUUUUGUCUCUUCUGAAAAGACGCUAUUAAGCGAGGAUGACUUGGGAAAUAGUAGUGCAUCUCUGCUUGGAGAAAAAACACUGCAUCCUGUAUGGCGUGAUUCUUUUGCGCCCGUGCUAGAAGAAUACGGCAAGAUUUCCUUCCAUGCGCCGAAUACGCUGCUUUCUAGUGUAAGCGACCCACACCCAGACAUUCGUAUUGUCGUGACUGGAUCCUUGGAACUGCGGUUUGUGUCGAUUAUGGAGCCUGCUACAAGCAGCUUGAACGUGUCCAAUCCGUCGGGCAUUGUCGAUCGGACCCCGUCCGACUGGCUUCAUUCCGCAUAUGAGCGCUCCAAGAAACCGCGCAUGCGGCGGCGUGGGCUGCGAACAGCGUCGCCUAUUGCGACACCGAGUCAGCCCUCUGUCACCAUAUCCGAGCAAUUCAGUCAAGGCGACGUUGUGGGCCUCUCAGAGCUUAACUUUGCAGAGUCUCCGCACGGCGAGCUUGUGAGUGCAGGGCAGUUGGAUGCGACUACCAUCACUAUUGAUUUUUCUGCACAGGAUGUGCGCACAGUUUCCUCGUUGGCGCUGGCGCUUAACGCGUACCACUCGCACAAUCAAUUCCGCAACGUGCGCAUACAGGACUUAUAUCGCCGUGCCCUCAAUCAAGGCGAACAGCAUGUAUGGUAA